CGUUGCGUGGUGUGUGUGUGAGGUACGGGUCUCCGGGAUAUUUGUCAUCGAUAUUCUCUGACGUCUGGGGUUUGUGCGACCGAUUUUUAACUAUAAUUUCGCCUUCGACAUUAUUUUUAGGUUAAGGCAUGGCAGAACACCCUAAAGAAAAUUCAAGCAUGACUGAUGAGGAGCGUCAGAAGUUGGCUAAAUCUCUGGAUGAUGAUUUGGACAGCUUUAUAGGAAGCCUGAAGAAAACAAAAUACAAAGAUGGCUGGAAACCUGAUACAUGGGAAAAGGAAAUGCAAGAGCAUCCAUUCUUCAGGAGCAAGCCAUUUGAGGAUGGAGAGGAGCUGCCUCCUCUCAUCCAGGGAUUGCAGGAUCUGAAAUAUGACAAGACUCUUCAUACUGAGGAAGAGCUGGCGGCCACGUUCAAGGAGGACGGCAACAUCUGCUUUAAGGUGAAGAAGUAUCGACACGCGGUGGACAACUACUCGGAGGGUCUGCGACAGCGCCACACGAACACGGAGCUGAUCACCCAGCUACUGACCAACCGGGCGGCGGCGCACUUCCAUCUGGGCAACCUCAGGUCGUCGCUGCGGGACUGCGAGCGGGGCCGUGGCGCUGACGGCUGGCCACCUGAAGGCGAUCGGUGCGGGCCGUGCAGUGCUGGCACCGGCCUGGGCCGCUCGGCCGAGGCGGUGCGCUGGUGCUACCGCGGCCUGGCGCUGGAUCCGACUCACUCCGAGCUGCGCGUGGAAGAACGGAACCAGAUGAAGGCGGCAGCUGGAAGGAGCGGCAACAGAAAGCGGCGGAUGACCAGCUAUCUGGAGGCGCUCCGGUCACGGGGCGUGCGCGUGCUGAACGCCGAGGGCAAGGCAGGCAUGGCAGAACACCCUAAAGAAAAUUCAAGCAUGACUGAUGAGGAGCGUCAGAAGUUGGCUAAAUCUCUGGAUGACGAUUUGGACAGCUUUAUAGGAAGCCUGAAGAAAACAAAAUACAAAGAUGGCUGGAAACCUGAUACAUGGGAAAAGGAAAUGCAAGAGCAUCCAUUCUUCAGGAGCAAGCCAUUUGAGGAUGGAGAGGAGCUGCCUCCUCUCAUCCAGGGAUUGCAGGAUCUGAAAUAUGACAAGACUCUUCAUACUGAGGAAGAGCUGGCGGCCACGUUCAAAGAGGACGGCAACAUCUGCUUCAAGGUGAAGAAAUAUCGACACGCGGUGGACAACUACUCGGAGGGUCUGCGACAGCGCCACACGAACACGGAGCUGAUCACCCAGCUACUGACCAACCGGGCGGCGGCGCACUUCUAUCUGGGCAACCUCAGGUCGUCGCUGCGGGACUGCGAGCGGGCCGUGGCGCUGACGGCUGGCCACCUGAAGGCGAUCGUGCGGGCCGUGCAGUGCUGCACCGGCCUGGGCCGCUCGGCCGAGGCGGUGCGCUGGUGCGACCGCGGCCUGGCGCUGGAGCCGACUCACGCCGAGCUGGUGCGCCUGAGGCACGCCGCCGCCGCCACUCAGCGCGUGGAAGAACGGAACCAGAGGAAGGCGGCACUGAAGGAGCGGCAACAGAAAGCGGCGGAUGACCAGCUACUGGAGGCGCUCCGGUCACGGGGCGUGCGCGUGCUGAACGCCGAGGGCAAGGCAGUGGGCGGCGCCGGCCUGCGACCGGAGCUGCUCAGUCCGCAGGUGCCCGGCUUGGAGAGCGGCGUCCGGCUGACGGACGGCGGCGUGCUCAGCUGGCCCCUCAUGUUCCUGUACCCGGAGCACUCGCAGAGCGACCUGGUGCAGGCGGCGCUCGAGACCGACACCUUCUCCAGCCACCUGUGGACCAUGUUCGGGCCGGAGAGCGCACCGGCCGAGUGGGACCCGCAGCGGCGGUACGCGCCCGGCCGGCUGGAGGUCUACUAUGAGACCGAUGACGGCCUGCAAGCCCGGCUGGUGCCCGUGCCUCCAGACACGCAGCUGAGCGCGGUGCUAGCCGACCCCAGGUACGUGGUCAAGGGAGGCGUGCCCGGUUUCGUGGUGCUGACGCAAGACUCGCCGUUCCGCGCAGAGUUCCUCGCCCGGUACGCCGUGGACGAGCGGUGACGGCUGUGCCCCCUCCCCCCACCCCCGCCCGGAGAGGAGGACCGAGGACCCCCCUCCCGCACGUCAGCAGCCGAAGCACGACCUACAGAUGGCUCGGUUUUGCGCCCGGUCCGCUUUUCGAAGCUUGUGUAAUGUGUUCGGAGUCUGAUGAGACCCCACAAUAUAUUCGAGGUUGUCUAUACAACGUUGCUACGUUGGACGGGGCGGGGGAGACUCGCUGCUUUUGGAACGUUGCGGGCCGAGUUACCAUCAGAGGCACCACGAAGAAACAACGCAGAAUUUAAGGUGACAAAUACGCUAACUAGGGGCCAGGUGUGCCCCAACGGCGUGGUCACGUACCCGUGGAACUUCGUACUCUCACCCAGCGUGCAGGUGAUGUGACACGUCUGAUGGGCUGCGGUCAUUUCAGUUUUCUUUCUAGCGAACUCUUAUCACCCAAUGCAAACGGACGAGCGCAGUUUGUAUUUAUCUCGUCAUUUCAGGAGAACAUGACACAGGAUCAAAUCCA